AUGCGCCUCCGCGCGGGAAGCCGGCGGCCCCGCUGCGCUCUUGCCCUCCUCUCGGGUUCCUUGCCCGCCCGGCGCCCGGCAGUUCCUCCGCCGGUUGGUGGCGUUCAUCUCGCCGCGUUCUCGGUGGAAGCCCUGGAGGUGGAAAGGGAAGGAGCACCUGCCGCGGGCGGGGGCAGUACUAAACACAGUGAUUUUCCGGAAUCUAAGGGAUGCUUUGCUAACACAACAUCCUCAGGCAGAAAGGUCAGCCCCUCAUCUUCUGUUGAAACAUGUCUUAGUGUGAGUGAGCCUCCAGGCCUCUGCAAAGUGUCUCUUCACCUAGACCUGGCUGCAGAUUUGGGUCUGAAAUCCUCCUCCGCACAUUCUGAUCACUCCUCUGAAACCUCAUUGCCUGACGUCCCAAAGCAUAAAUAUCCUGAGGAGUUCAGCCUGCUUAAAUUGCAGACAAAAGAUGGGCAGCGUCCCGAAUGGACAUUUUACCCGAGAUUUAUUAGCAAUAUCCACACCUACCAUGUUGGAAAGCAGUGUUUCUUUAACGGGGUCUUCCUCGGCAACAGGAGGUCUCUGUCAGAGAGAAUGGUGGACAAGUGCUUUGGGAGGAAGAAAUAUGAUAUUGAUCCUAGGAAUGGAAUACCAAAGUUAACUCCAGGAGAUAAUCCAUAUAUGUACCCAGAACAGAGUAAAGACUUCCACAAAGCAGGAUCAACUCUCCCACCAGUGAAUUUCUCCAUAGUGCCUUAUGAAAAGAAAUAUGAUACUUUUAUUCCACUUGAGCCUCUUCCACAAAUUCCUACCUUGCCUUUCUGGGUGAAGGAGAAGGCCAACAGGCUGCAGAAUGAGAUAAGAGAGGUUGAGGAGCUUGACAAUUGGCAACCAGCAUCCCCCUUGAUGCACGGUUUACUCCUUCCUGGUUCUUUGGAUUCUGCAAGACAAUCCUGAACAGAAACAGGCCCACAGAGCAUGUACUGACUGUAGUCUGGAGAGCCUCUUUCAAUUGAUUGCUUCUGUCAGUGUGACUGCUCUAAAUCAAAUGUUCGACUUUGAUGACUAAUCACUGUGCUUUGCUCUUUUUAACUUUAUAUUUUUGAAAAACUUUCAAACUUUACAGAAAAGUCGUGAGACUCAUACAAUGAACAAAUACCUACGUAUCCUUCACCCAGAAUCUACAAUUGUUAACAUUUGUCAAACUUUGUGCAUUCUUUCUCUCUCUUUCAUUACCCUUAUUAUUUUGUGGAAUUAUUUGAGAAUGAGUGGCCGACAUCAUAACCCGUUACUCCUACAUACUAUAUACUUCAAUAUGUAUCUCCUGAGAUCAAGGAUCUUCUCCAACAGUUGCAAUACAAAUACUGAAUUGAGGGAACUUAACAUUGAUGCAAUUCUGCUGGUAGAUUGCCCACCUUCAGUUUUAUUCAGUUAAAUUUAGUUUUCGAAGGAUGCUCUCAAAUCAAUGGUAAAAUGCAGACACGGAGCUUUCAUUAAUUUGGUAAAAUUGUUCUCAUUAAUACUAUUUGAGAUUUUCUCUACUAUUCACUUGGUACAUGUUGGAAAAAUGUGAAGGCUAGAUCUGCACAGGUAAUUCAUACCACUGUCCUGCAACUCCAUUCCCCAUUUCUGCAGGAUUUGUCCACCCAGCCACGCAGGACUAAAGCUCAAUGAGGCCCCAGUCUUGAGUCUUAAGGCCUUUCAUCAAUCAGGCAAGAAGCAAAUAUUUGGAGAAAAAAUGGGAAUAAGAGCCAACCGUAUACAGUCAGGCUGUGACCCUCUGCAGUCAAGCCAGUGACUCAGCAUCUUCGUAGCCAAUCUGCUCUACUAAGGAGACCUCGCUGGUUGGCUGAUGAGGGCUGCAGGUCUGGUCUCCCCAAACCUCAAAGUGGAAAGAGAGAACUGGGGCCCAGACUGACACUCAAAAUGCCCAAGACACAGAUAUAGUUUCUUUCCCUGUCAAAGCAUUGUUUCUAGACAUAGCCAAAGUAAAUGAAGCAGGUUUAGAACACAGUACAUUCCUGGUCUCUUCAUACGGGCCUUUGGACCAACUAGCAGAGAACAUGAUGGUCUAUACCACCAGCAACUGUGUCUGACCGCUCCUUGGGUUGACAUCAACAUGCCUCUGUGCUGAUUCUCUUGUCCUGGGACACGAAGCUCACCCCUAACAAAAUCCAGAAAAGACAAUAAAACCAAACAAUUUAGGAAAGGAAAGAAAAAAGAGGUUGCCAACAGAUUUUCUCAAAUACAUCCACUCCUGAAAAAAGUAAUUUUUUGUGCUUCUAUGAGUUAAAAUAUAAAAAAGUCAGUUGCGACCACCCGUGUGGAUGCAUAAUGGAGAACACAAUAUAAAUGCAAAAAGUGAUUCUGCAGGAAUUUCCAGAUGGGAUUAUCUAAGUGGAACAGGAAAGCGCUCUCAGAGGGGACUCUGGUGUCUUGGAGGGAAGAAGUCCUACACAGUAAAGAUAUUAAGAAAAACAACCAAAGUACAGUUUCAGAAGAUGUAUAGCAGCCUCUAGAUUUCAAAGAGGUCUAUAUAAUUCCUACACGCGGCUCUAAACCAAAGUAGAUAGGAUUACAAAAGAAAACUAUUGAAUAAUUGACCUCCUGGGGUUGUAGCGCUACAUUCCAUCUCCUGGAAAUCCGGGCAAUUUUCACUGGAUUUGGGGCGCUCUGUGGGCACAUCUCAGUGGCCAGGUCUUAGACCCCUUGGCGUUACCAACAGCCGGCAGGUGAGGAGUCCCACUGCUAACUUUGGGCAGGACAUAAAUGCAUGUGCACGCAUCUUUUGGGGAGACUAAGGCAUAGAACGAAUGGCCAAGUGGGAAAACUAUGUGGGUGUCCUAGCUGUUCCAGUCCCCCUUUCUAGGCUCAAAAAUGUUGGACCUUUUAAGGUGUGAAGUUCCCCUUCCUCUCACUUUAGGUCCUUGGUAAAUAGCAUGUGUGUGCAGGUGUGCAUGUGGGUGUGUGCGUGUGUUCAUUUCCUUAAAUAACUGCAGCUCGAAGGCUUAAUAGAAACAACCUGUACGUGACAUUUCCAAGUAAAGGCA